GCUGUGGAAUCGCUGAUGUCCCGACGGUGUCGUUGCCAUGGAGUUUCUGGUUCCUGUGCUGUAAAGACCUGCUGGCGUGGGCUCCCGACUUUUAAGGAAAUCGGCCUCUAUCUUAAAGAUAGUUACGAAAGAUCUGUCCGACUAGCCGGCCGGGCCAAAAGGAAGCUGCGAAGAAAAGACAAGUCCAAACGACGGCUGCCCAUCACCGAUCAGGAGCUGGUGCAUCUCAGCAAAUCGCCAAACUACUGCAACAGCAACAAAAAACGGGGAAUUCUGGGCACCUCGGGCCGAGUGUGUAACAGAACAUCGUACGGAGCAGAUAGCUGCGACUUGCUGUGUUGUGGGAGAGGCUACAACACACAAGUGGUGCGGCAUGUUGAACGAUGUCAUUGCAAAUUUCACUGGUGUUGCUAUGUGGAAUGCAAGACAUGCGAGACUUUGAUAGAUGUCCAUACGUGUAAAUAG